CACAAACUCUGCCUUGUCCUUGUUAGUGGCUGGAGCAUGGACCAAAGGUAGUACUUUUUUUAUUUUGUUAUAGAUAGCUCUUAUCACACGGAUGUUUGUUCAACUGUACAUUUUUCUGGUCUGUAAUCCUCACCGACAGGACGUGCAGCACUUGGAUUUCUAAAGCAGAAACCUGCCGGACUAGUUUGUUAGUCAUCAUCAUCAUCACAAAGCUUUUCACCUCUACUUUGCUUUCUGGAGAAAGCAGCUAAAGUGUUACUGGACACCCCGGGCAGAAUGAAAAGCCUCUCUUAGGCUGGGCUUGAGUUGAAUAGAAGCUGAUGUGAUAGCUGCAGGGAGACGUGAGAUCAGACGCCUGUUACAGUUUUCCGCUGCAGUGGGAAAGACGGACGAUGAAUGGAGCUCGAACACACACUCACUGUUCCCUCCUGAUUCUUCUUCUGACCUGUGACACACACAGAACAAAUGGCUGCUCCGACAGUAACGGCGGGUGUGCCCAUCUGUGUCUGGCCUUUCCUGGAGGUCGCACGUGUAAAUGUGGCGAAGACUUCUACAGCGUCGGCGCCACUUCCUGCGCCCGCCUCCACAACUGCCCGGACGGAGAGCGGUCCUGCUUUGAUGGAACCAAGUGUAUCAGCAGCAGCAGGUUCUGUGACGGACGCGUGGACUGUCAGGACCAGUCUGACGAACUGGACUGUCCAAACACAGACAAUUUCGGGAGCAGAGCCGGUGAUGACCGUCCUCAUGACUCUAACUCUCCUCACCCGAACAUCCCAAAACACGAGAACGCUCUGGAGUUUAAAGACUGUGAUCCCCAGCGCUGCCACGGUCAAGGUCACUGCGUCGCUGAGGGUGAAGCCGCUCGCUGCCAGUGCUCGGCCGGGUACAGCGGAGAGUUUUGCCAGGAGACGGAAGGUGGAUACCAUCACGGGGGGGUCAUCCUCGGCGUUUUCAGCCUCGUGGCCUUGUUGAUGGCGGCUGCUUUUGUCUUUGCAAAAAGGAGAGCCUGGGCGUCCAUCAGGAGCAGAUCCAUUGAGAAGGAAACUCUGUUGGCCAACAUGGGUCUGCCGUCUGAAAACUACGAUUCUGAAUCUGAGGAGCUGGAAUCCCCAGUCGACACCAAGAACCCAGCGUUUAUGUUAAAGACACUCAAACCUAAAUAA